AUGAUGAAUCUUAGUAGCCCAAUUCUUGUUUUUUUCUUUACAAUCCUUGUGUUUUUAGUUCUUAAGAAGUUGUUAAAAACAUCUUUUUUGCAUAUUCUUGUUAGAAGCUGGAGAUGGAUUGGAGACAAGUUUUAUGUGUACCAAAUCUUCAAGGUUCCACAAUUCAAUGAUCUUUUUCAAGAAAACCAAUUGUACCACAAGGUUUCAACUUAUUUAACCUCGCUGUCUGCCAUUGAAGAUUCUGAUUUCACCAACCUGUUUUCGGGUUCGAAAGCGAACGAUAUCGUCCUCCAUCUCGACCAGAAUCAAGUGAUUCAAGAUAGUUUUCUUGGGGCUAGAGUGCAUUGGAGCAAUGAGAAGUAUAGUGAAGGAAAUGGUAAGAGAACGUUGGUGUUGAAGUUGAGAAAGAAAGACAAGAGAAGGGUUCUACGUCCCUACUUGCAGCAUAUUCUUUCGGUUGCUGAUCAGAUUGAGCAGAAGAACAAAGAGAUCAAAUUGUUUAUGAAUCUUGAGAAGAACCCUUAUGAAAAUGGAAGGUGGAGAUCAGUUCCUUUCACACAUCCAGCUACCAUGGAUACAAUGGUUAUGGAUGGAGACUUGAAGAACAAGGUAAAAGCUGAUCUUGAAUUGUUCUUGAAGUCUAAGCAGUAUUAUCACAGAUUAGGCCAUGUCUGGAAAAGGAGUUAUCUUCUUUACGGCGCGUCCGGAACAGGCAAGUCCACUUUCAUUGCAGCCAUGGCUAGAUUCCUGAAUUUUGAUGUCUAUGACAUUGACAUCUCCAAGGUUUCUGAUGAUUCUGAUCUGAAAAUGCUUCUUCUGCAAACCACAAGUCAGUCCAUGAUUGUAAUCGAGGAUCUUGACAGGUUCUUGACUGAGAAAUCAAGGGAUGUGAGCUUGUCUGGGGUCUUGAAUUUCAUGGAUGGAAUUGUUUCAUGUUGCGGCGAGGAGCGAGUGAUGGUGUUCACGAUGAACUGUAAGGAUCAAAUUGAUCAAGCAGUGCUAAGGCCUGGCAGGGUUGAUGUUCAUAUUCAGUUCCCACUAUGUGAUUUCCCAGCAUUUAAGAGUUUAGCCAGUAGUUACUUAGGAGUCAAGGAACACAAGCUUUUCUCUCAAGUCGAAGAAAUUUUACAAGGUGGAGGAUCAAGUUUAAGUCCAGCUGAGAUUGGUGAGAUCAUGAUGUCAAACCGAAAUUCGCCAACCCGGGCUUUGAAAACUGUCAUUACAGCUCUGCAAAUACAGACCAUCAAUGGCGAUGCAAGAAGGGUUAGCAAGGUUGCAUCGAGAAUAAGUGAGAGUAGAUCAGUCAGGUCCAGCAGGGAUGAGACAGGCGAAACUGGUGGUGGGUUUUGCCAAGAAAGUGGUGUUCAAACAGUGAGGGAAUUCAAGAAAUUGUAUGGAUUGUUGAGGAUGGGAAGUAGAAGAAAGGAAUCAGUGGAUUUAAGUUCUUCAGCAGACAAGGAAGGAUCACUUCAAGAAACCUAA